GUGUCCAUGGAGAGCCGCUGAGCUGCCGCAGGACCUCCCUGGAAAGGGAAAGGAGGGGGGAGGAGGCGGAGGAGGCGAAGGAGGGAAAGAGGGAAAGAUGUCUGCUUCAUUGGUGCGAGCCACAGUCCGGGCGGUGAGCAAGAGGAAGCUGCAGCCCACCCGAGCAGCCCUCACCCUGACACCAUCAGCUGUGAAUAAGAUAAAACAGCUUCUUAAAGAUAAACCUGAAAAUGUAGGUCUGAAAGUUGGAGUCCGGACCAGAGGUUGUAAUGGACUUUCUUACACUUUAGAAUAUACCAAGACAAAAGGAGAGUCUGAUGAAGAAGUUGUUCAGGAUGGAAUUAGAGUGUUCAUCGAAAAGAAAGCACAGCUAACACUUUUAGGAACAGAAAUGGACUAUGUAGAAGACAAAUUGUCCAGUGAAUUUGUUUUCAAUAACCCAAACAUCAAAGGAACUUGUGGCUGUGGAGAAAGCUUCAACAUUUGAAAACUCAGGACUACUUUGACAUUAAGUAUCAAGAAUGCUCGUGCUCAACCAUUUGGCUUUCUAAAGAAAUCAUAUUUCUUUCAGGUUCUGGGCCUUGCAGUGUAUGGCUACCUUAUGAGGAAAAUAAAGUUAAUGCAUUUUGAAAAUAAAA